AUGACCAACAAAUCAUCCUCAUCACGCGAACGUAUGUGUGUGGUAUGUGCCCGAACUCAUCCUCCCACCAUCUUUAGUUGCCGAUACAAGGUGCAUACCAAGAAUGUCGAUGUCUUGUGCAGCUUCUUUGAGAGAGAAUUGGCUCAAGGAGAGUUAUGUGAUCGAUGCUAUCGAUUGUGGUACAAACAUCGAAAACAACAAGAAGGAGGAAGUGAAAAAGCGAAUGGUUCCUCUUCCAGUGCCAAGAGAAGAAGAAAAGCAUCAAGCGCAGCCUCUGCCAUCAAGAAGAGAAAGAAAUCCACACGAAAUGCAACCAAGAAGAAUGUGAAUGCAGUAGCAAUUGCAGCUGCAGAAGAUGAAGAUAGUCUCGAGGAAGAAGAAGAAGAAGACGAAGUCAUGGACGAAGAUGAAGUCAAAGAUGAAGAAGACGAAGAAAACGAAUACGACGAAGAGGAAACGGCUGUGAGCACUUUCAAACAACAGCGUGCAGUCAGUGAAGAAGAAGAAGAUGAUGACUAUGAAAGCAAUGAUGCAUCAUCUUCUUCCAAUGAAGAUGGUCAAGUGAAACUUGAAAAACAAUCUGGCUCGUCGUCACCCAUUCGAUUACCAUUGAAGAAACGAGCAAAGAGUGGUGCUGAGAGUUCAGUUCACUCAACUUCCUCUUCCACAACUCCAUCGUUGCCACACUUGGAAUUGAGUGGAACCACCACCAAUGCAGCAAUGGAAGAUAACAUGUAUGAUUAUGUAUCCUCUGCAAGUAGUAGUGGCGGCAGCUCAUCGAAUGCAACUUCUCUGCAGAAACGUCAUUACAUGAAACGAGGAACAAGUAAGGAAUUGGAAUCUUCUCCUCGAGGCCAUGACGAUGAAGAAGAAAAUGAUGCAGCUCAUGACGGAUUUAACUCUGCAGCAACAACCUUAAAAAAGCGAAACAAGCCAUCUCCAGCAAAAACUGAGCAAGAUGAAGAUGACGAUGACACUUCCAACCACAAUUCAAAUCUUACCUCAUAUCCAUACGUUCUACAUUCCAUAAUCUCGUCCAAUAAUGCAAAUAUUGGUAUCACACUGAAUAAUGCUACUUUGAACAAUAUCACGAAUCCUUUCUCAGAGUCUCAAAUGAACACAACCAAACAUGCUCGCUCUCAAAAAUCAGGAGAAACUUGUGCUGUCAAUCCUUCGAAUAGUCUUGUUCAACGACUGGAAGCUCUUUCUGCACUUUCUAGAGAUGUCAGAAAAUCGAAACGAAAAAGACUUUUACCCAUGAAAAGCCCAGCUCGAUCGAAACCAGAAGAUGCUCUCAAACUGUUUAAGGGAAAUAACCCAGUGUAUUUGCAACAAGCAUUUUCGAAAUCUUCGUUCAAUUCUGCGGCUAUUGUUACGACUUGCAAUGGUUAUGGCUCCACAUCCUUGUAA